CACAACCAAACUACCAAUCCUUAGACCCAAAAGCUUUAACUUUGUUGCACCAAAAUGGACAAAUCACUGUCCAACUACACCAACCAAACCUCACCAUCAACCAACCCUGAGAAACGGCUCUUAACAGCCACCAACCCAUUAACAACCACCGCCAACCCCUUUACAGGGGUGGUCAAUUCAGCAAUGAACCAGUUGCAGCAGCAACUACCACACCAGCAACACCAAAAGCAGCCGCUUAUGGGUCCUGUGACUAACCCAGUGGCACAGCAGCUGCUGGGUAUGUCACCUAACCCCAUGCACCAGCAACUGCUAAUGGCUCCCAAAAAUAACCCAAUGCUGAAUUCCACGAUUAAUCCAAUGACGCAGCAGCUGAACCAAGGUGAAAGAAACUCGAUUUUUAGCGCUUCGGAUGAUAAUGUUAUCAUGAAGCAAGUGCUUGAUACCCAUCUCCCUGAUGGCACUGAUGUUGAUGUCAAACCACUUGUCCACAUUGUCGAAGAUAUUCUUCGACUUGCUACCAUUAAAGCUGCCAUUGACGAAGAUGCUUCUACUUCAUUGGUUGCACAUGCUGAUGUGGGCAAAUCUCACCAAACCAACACAGUUGUGAUGCUUAACUUAUUGUCACAUAUAAUUGACAAGCUUGCUUGUGAGAUGUCAUUCAAGUGCUUAACUGGCGGGGAUGGACACUCAAUAGCACUUUCACUAUUCCACACGGUAGGGAACUACCACUGGGACGCCAAGCUGACACUGAUCCUUGCAGCUUUUGCUCUAAACUAUGGUGAAUUCUGGCUUCUGGCUCAAAUCUAUUCAUCAAACCAACUUGCAAAAUCAAUGGCUAUUCUUAAACAAGUACCAAUGAUCAUGGAGCAUUCGGCGCCAUUGAAGCCUAGAUUUGAUGCACUCAACAGACUCAUUCACUCGGUCCUUGAGUUAACUCAGUGCAUUAUCCAGUUUAAGGAGCUCCCAUCUACGUAUGUUAGUUAUGAGGUACCAGCAAUGGCCAGAGCACUAAACAUAGUUCCAACUGCUGUUUAUUGGAAUGUUAGAGGGAUUAUUGCUUGUGCUGCACAGAUUACUAACCUCACCAGCAUGGGACACGAGUAUGGGAUAUCAUCCAGUGAUAUGCAGUCAUGGGAAAUAUCUUCCUUAGUCCACAAGAUCAACCACCUACUGGAGUUUCUCAGGAAACAACUGGAAGAAUGUCACCGUCUUAUAGGAGAGAGGAAGGAGAUGGAUUUCAGAAACUCAUUUAAUCAGCUUUUUGAUACGGUCCAUAUCGACAACAUGAAAAUCCUCAAGAUCUUGCUUAAUCUCAGGGAUGACCCGCUGCCACUUUUCGAUGGGGCUACUAAACAAAGGGUCAGCCUAGAAGUUUUGAGGAAAAGGAAUGUGUUAUUGUUGAUAUCAGGGCUAGACAUGUCAAAUGAUGAGUUGUCAAUUCUUGAGCAAAUUUACAGUGAGUCGCGUAUUCAAGGCUCGAGGAUGGAUACUGUGUAUGAUCUGGUGUGGGUUCCUAUUGUGGACCCGUAUGUUGAGUACACUGAUGCAAUGCACAGACGCUUUGAGGAAAUGAGGAGCACUAUGCCAUGGUACUCGGUCAAUCACCCUUCAAAUAUUGACCGGGUGGUUAAGAAGUCCAUUGGAGACAGAUGGCAUUUUAGGAACAAGCCGAUCCUUGUUGUUCUGGACCCACAGGGAAGAGAGUUGAGCCCAAAUGCACUCCACAUGAUGUGGAUUUGGGGAAGCACCGCCUUCCCUUUCACUACAGCCAGAGAGGAAGCAUUGUGGAGGGAUGAAACUUGGAGGCUAGAGUUGCUAGUCAGCGGCAUGGACCCAACCAUACUCAAUUGGGUAAGCGAAGGCAAAUACAUUUUCUUGUAUGGAGGGGAUGACAUCGAGUGGAUUCGCAAGUUCACAAACAAUGCAAGGGCCAUGGCAACUGCUGCACGCAUCCCAUUAGAGAUGGCGUAUGUUGGAAAAAGCAAGAAAAUAGAAAAUGUGCGUAGAGCGAUUGCCACCAUCAACGUAGAAAAGCUCAGUUACUGCUGGCAAGACACCUCCCUGAUGUGGUAUUUCUGGACCCGAAUAGAGAGCAUGUUGUUCUCCAAGAUCCAACUCAAGCGCGCUGAUGAUCAAGACCUCAUAAUGCUACAGAUCAAGAAACUACUCAGCUAUGACAAGGAUGGAUCAUGGGCUUUGCUUUGUAGAGGGUCACAGAUUCUAACCAAUGGUCAUGGAUCCACCAUGCUGCAAACUCCUAUUGACUUUGACCUCUGGAAGGAGCACAUCCCCUCAAGGGGCUUUGAUUUGUCAUUUAAAGACUACCACGACAAGCUUCAUGUCGCAGCAAAUAACUGCUGCCGAUUUGAGUUUCCCAUUGCGGCAGGCAGAAUCCCUGAAGGCAUGCGUUGCCCUGAGUGCCAUCGGUUGAUGGAGAAAUACAUUGCUUUCCUUUGUUGCCAUGACCAAACCGGCCUUCUAGAACCCUACUGAUCAAGCAACAUCAAUCCAAAACUACCGAUCUGGCGACCUCUGAUGCUGCUUAUUAUUAUUACUAUUUACUAAGAAGAUCCACAGUGGCAAAUGAUUGUAUUGUACUAAAAUAAAUAUAUAUUGUGUGAAGAGUGCAAAUGUUUACCUAAGUGUAAUCUUAUGGUCUAAACUGAUGUAUGGUUUAGACCUACUUUUGAUGUAAUAAAAUACUGUAUGAAUCUUAAUAAACUUAUUUCCUUUAAAUGCAUGGGAGAUAACUAUGAACUUAA